CAUCUCAUCCAGCUUCAUUUUGGGGGCAAGAGCAUUACCGUACAGUACGGUCCAGACUGCUUCAGCUCGAAGACCCGUAGCUCAAACAGCUGCCGAUGGACCAGCGGAUAUGGAAUACCCUGAGCAUCUGUUCUAUUACACAUCCGGUCGCUGGCUAUAUAACGAACAGCAGCGUAUGAAAGAGCGAGAGCGGGUCUUCAACGUCAAUGAGCUGAAGCGCUUAGCGGCCGAGGCUGUCUCGAGAAAGGUCGAAGAUGUCGUCUACUUUGACAAGCUAGGCGAGGGCGGCGCCAAUCGUGCAUUUGUCCUGCACAUGAAAGACGGCUCGCGACUUGUAGCUCGCAUUCCGUAUACGGGCACCGCACAGAGACAACUGGCAGUCGCUAGUGAAGCAGCAACCAUGUCUUUCCUCCGCUCCCAGGGCGUUCCAGUCCCGCAGAUUCACGGUUAUUCGACGUCAGCAGACAACCCCGCCGGAACAGAGUACAUCAUCAUGGAGUACAGCCUAGGUACUAAUCUGUCCGACUCGUGGUUCGAAAUGAACGAGCAGGAUCGCAGCAAGUUCAUUACAAGUCUGGUUGCGCUCGAAGCUCGGUUGUUGAACAUACGCCUCCCAGCAAACGGCAGCAUAUACUUUCUCCGAGACCUCCCUGCAAAUGUGGACAGAGUGGCGAUAGACGACGACUCCCAGGGUUUAGACUCUUUCUAUAUUGGCCCCAGUACUAGUCCAAAUCUCUGGCGCGGAAGGAGAGGCGGGCUCGAUGUAAAUCGUGGACCUUUCAUCGAAAUGGAAGCUGUCUUGACCGCUGGGGCCAAAAAAGAAAUCGCCUAUUUAGAACACUUCGGCCGCCCUCUACUCCCGUACGAUCGGAUUCGGAGGGAGACAUUUCAACUCGAAAAGCAACUUCCUUCCGUCCAUCUCGACAGUCUACGGAAAUAUCUCACAGUGGCUCCAUACCUCGUUCCAGCAGAUCAACACAAGCUCCAAAAGCCCACCCUCCGCCAUCCUGACCUCCGACCUAGCAACGUUUUCGUUUCCGACCACUACGAAAUCACCUCCCUGGUCGACUGGCAACACAGUACCAUCCUGCCCCUUUUUCUGCAUGCCGGCAUCCCCGACUAUCUCAAUAAUUCCUCCGAUCCCAUCUCGCAGUCCCUAGAGACUCCCAAGUUACCCCCUAACUUCCACGAAUUAGAAGAAGACCAGCGCGCCGAGCAACGCGAGCUCUUUCGCGCGCGCCAGCUCCACUACAUCUACGUGGCAGAAACAGCGAAGCAGAGCCCCGCCCAUUUCGCCGCCCUGGUCUACCCCCAUUCCAUGGUACGGCGCAGGCUCCAUCGACUAUCUAGCGAUCCGUGGGCAGGCGACAACAUUCCGCUCCGAUCCAGUCUGAUUUUCCUUGCGCAACGGUGGCACGAGAUAGUGACUGAUCCGACGAUCCCAUGCCCGAUUCACUUCACCGCAGAAGAUGCAUACGAAUGUCUCGCACUCGAUGAGAGUGAGCGUGAGGCCGAAGAGCAGAUGCGAGCGUCGAUGGAGAUGUUGGGCAUUGGGCCGGAAGGAUGGGUUCCCUGUGAUCAUUACGCGGCGGCGAAUGAGGCUACGCAGCGGAUGAAGAGCGAUUGCUUGGAGCUGGCGGAGACGGAACUGGAACUAAGGGCAGUAAAUGAACAUUGGGUCUAUGAUGAUAUGGACGAGGAUGAGUAUUGGUGAGGGGCUUGGCGAAGUUCCCGCAGACCAGUAGGCAAUACAGAGUAGAGUCAAGCGUGUCCUAAGCCACAUGGGUGAGGUCCAUAGUGACCAAAAUAAAUAUCAGUGUGCCUCUAGGAGUCUUGGAAUUCGAGUCAUGCCGUCUACCACCAUAUCGGCUGUCUUGAUCCUCACCGAUGUGGCUCUCUUACGGGUCCAUGCGGCAAAGGCUAUAUAUUCUGCGAAGAGGAAACCGGACCCGUGGCCCGGGUGAAAACCUCUUCCACCUGUUUAGCUUUGUCUGGCCGAAGCCCUGCUACCAUGAUGCUGUUUUCAACUGUGUGUUGCGUCUGUCCCUAGCUGCCAUAUGGCCCUA